UAUCUCGUACGUUUCACACAACAUAAGAAUCAAAGUAGAUAAAUAAGUAUUUACCGUGUAAUUUUACGAGGAAAACAAUUAUCAAAUGUAGAGCGUUACCAUGGUGACCGGCAUAAACCACCAAGUGUGCUGCUAGGCUAGCAAGUUAAAAUAUGCUAGCUUUUAUUGAACCAUAAAUAUAAAUAGCGAACUUCAAUACGUUCCGUGAAGACACUGUUCACAGACCACCAGGAUGUCGGUUCCUUUGUCUGGGGUAGAGCUGCUCAGACUGUGUACAGUGCUGCAGGACUGUGCUGAUCAGCUGUCAGUGCUGGGUCACAUCAUGCCCGACACCUACAGGGGUCGUCCAGAAGCUAAUAUGGUUGUGUCAGCUGACAUUGGACAGGUCCUUGAACAGCAGAAACGGGCAGAGCAGAACCUGAAAGCAGCCCGUCAGUUUGAGAGAGAGGCUGGGGGACUGUCAGAUGCCACCCGUGAGCUGCACAGGUCCCAGAAGGAACUGAACCGCACACUAGAGGAGAACCCACUGUCCCCUGACAACCUGGCCAAGGUGCAGAGAGACAGGCAGUUUGUGGCUCACGUGAUCACUGAUGUGUUGGCAGAGCUGCAAGAGAGAGGGACCUUUCACAGCUUGGUUUUGGCUGUGGAAGAAGAGAAAAGAAGGAAGGCCAACCUCCUGGACAUAAUAAUCAGGGAGGAGGAGGGCCGGCGGAGGACCAAAGCUCUUCAGAGACAGCUGCUUGACAUCCACAAGGAAAAAUCUCUGGAGCUGCAGCGACGCGAGGAGAUGACUGCCCACCUGAAGGACCAGCUACAGGAGAUGAAGGCUAAGACUGGACUGGAGAGGAAAUAUGUGAAGAGCAGCGCAGAGCUGCUAGUAUACCAGGGACAGAAGACCAACAUACACGCUGAGAAGCAGCUGGAGGAUGAGAUCAGGCUACUGCAGGAGAGGUUGGAGGAGGAGAGGAGAGUUCAUAUGGAGAUGGAGACUUUCCUCAAGGAACAUCAGACAAGUCUGGGGGAGAAGCUGGAGGUGUGGAUGGAGCGCUAUGAGAGAGACAUGGAGGACAAGCAGCAGGAGCUCAACAGCCUGAGGAACAACAAAGCUAACAAUCUCUCCCAGCUCCAGGAGUUGGCCAAGAAGUACAGAGACAGUGAGCAGGUGGUCAUCGAGGACAGGUUGGAGAAAGAGGCCCGACGCAGGCAGCUGGAGAUGGAACACAUGGAGCGAGACGCAGCCACCAAGAUCCAGUCGUGGUGGAGGGGAACGUUAGUGCGACGCGGUCUGGGCCCCUUUAAGAAAGGCAAGAAGCCCAAGUCCAAGGAGGGAAAGAAGGGGAAGAAGAAAAAGUGAGGUGUCCCGGCUUCAGGAGCUCCAGUGAAAGGAAACCCAAACAAAUCUCAAUACAGACUUUUCAUCAAUGUUCAAUUCCUGAUUACAGACUAAGUCAAUACUUGGCCUUUAGGCAAAUAUAUCUUCAAUGAGAACUGCUGUUUUUUUUUCUUUAACAGAGUAAAGUUGGCAUGGCCAUUUUGAAUACCACCAUUGCAAGGUUCUUACUUAUAUGCAGUCUAACACAAGGGCAAGAAUGGUAAUAAACAAGCGCACUCAUGAGA